UUUGGGGACCGGGGAGCGCGCGCGCUGUAGGCGCUCCCCCUCCGCGAUGCUGCCCGCCCUGCUCCUUGCCCUGCUCUGCCUGGGCCACCGGCCCCGCCCGAGCCUGGGCUGCCAGCUGCCGUCCGACUGGAGACCCCUGAGCGAGAGCUGCCGGGCGGAGCUGGCCGAGAUCAUCGUGUACGCCAAGGUGCUGGCGCUGCACCAGGAGAUGUACAGCCUCUACAACUACCUGCCGUGGCAGUACGAAGCCGCCUCCGAGGGAGGGCUCUUCUACUCCGCCGAGAUCGAGAUGCUGUGCGACCAGGCGUGGGGGAGCAUGCUGGAGGUGCCCGCGGGCUCCCGGCUCAACCUCACCGGCCUGGGCUAUUUCUCCUGCCACUCCCACACCGUGGUACAGGAUUACUCCUACUUCUUCUUCCUCAGGAUGGAUGAAAAUUAUAAUCUCUUGCCUCAUGGAGUCAAUUUCCAGGAUGCCAUCUUUCCAGACACUCAAGAGAACAGAAGAAUGUUUUCUAGUCUCUUCCAGUUUUCCAACUGUACUCAUGGACAGCAGCCUGUGACUUUCUCCAGUGACUGGGAAAUCCAGGAGGACAACAGACUCAUGUGUUCAUCAGUACAGAAGGCCCUCUUUGAGGAGGAAGACCAUGUGAAGAAGCUGCAGCAGAAAGUGGCCACCCUUGAGAAACGGAACAAACAGCUUCGAGAUAGGGUGAAGAAGGUCAAGAGAUCCUUGCGCCAAGCAAAGAAGAACAGCCGUCGCAUGGAGCUGAUGAACCGCAAACUUAGUGAGAAGCUGUCCUCCCCAGGGGGCCAGAUUCCUCACAUCAACUCCCUCAAACAAGAGCACUCUCAUGCUGGCUACCUUAAAGUGUAACUCAAGACACUGUACACAAAAGACCAGUCCUCUUGUGAUUUUGGCCUCUUAAAUUGUCACCAUUGGGAGCUAGAAAGGUUGCUGGGCAGCCUCAAGUUAGUGGAGCUUGGGUAUCACACUUUUGUAUCAAAGGGGCAUUGAAAAUUAGGGUAGUUUAUAUAUGUAUAUAUUUUUAAAUCCCAUAGAAGAUAUUUUUUAUUACACCUUUGGUAUAGCCUAAUUAUCCUCAGUUGCUGGACUUCCUCUCCUCAAUUCAGUUCAAUUAAAUACACAUUUAUUAAGCAUCUGUUAUGUACAAGGUACAUAAAUACCAGGAAGAUGGCAGUGAAAAAUGACAUUCUAUGCCCUCAGAGUUAAUAACGCACACAACUAACUAUGAUACAAGUUAAAAUAUGAUCAAGUAUAUGGGAGAUCUAAAGGAGCAGUGUGAAAGAUUCAGAAAAGAACAGAUCACUUCUAACUGGGAAGAAUCAGGAGAGAUUAUGGAAUAAGAAGUUCCUGAAUUCAGUCUUGAAAGAAAAGAAUUCUUUUCUUUUUUCUUUCUUUGUCUUUCCUUCCUUCC